UCGCUGUGCUGAGUGCACGCACGUCGCGAGCGCUCUUAUGCCAGCCCCAUUCCAGUGGCUUACCGUUGUUGUCACCAUAACCCAACUGUUGUAUAUACUUUUACAAGCGAAACAUUAUCGUUUAUUACUCUCAUUAUACAUAUUUUGGACAGUGAACUAGUGACUGCAAUAAUUGCACAGCCCGGUAAAAUGACACGCUGAUCAAAUAAUGUUCAGUUGUAUUUGUUAAAAAGUUGGAGAAAUGUAUCCGUGUUGAAAUUGCGAUCGCAACAUUGUGGAGCAAAAGAGCAGCGGCCGGCAAUGUACGCCAUGUCGACGGCGUCUACAACGACGUCAGGUUCGCGUGCCGAGCUCACCGCGACCACAGCAUCGGCAGAGCGACGCGUGCGCGUUGUCCGGCUCCUGCGCCCGCGCAAGGCUGCCCCGGCUUUCGGCUUUUCUUUGAGAGGCGGGAGGGAAUAUGCUACGGGCUUUUUCAUUUCAAAAGUAGACCUGAAUUCUGAGGCACAUCUUCAGGGAUUAAAGGUGGGGGAUCAAGUGGUGAGUGUGAACGGUUACCGGGUCGACGAUGCCGUGCACGCGGAACUCGUCCAUUACAUCACCUCACAGUCUAGGCUCAAAAUUAAAGUCAGACAUGUGGGGAUGGUUCCAAUAAAAGAGAAAGAACACGAACCUCUGUCGUGGCAAUUCGUUUCGGAACGGACAUCGCUAGCUUCAGAUGUGUCUUCGUCGCCGACGCUGUGUCACAACACAGAGCACCUUGCAGACUUGCGUUUGUCAAUACUGGUCCCCCCACGGGCAAAGCUCGGUUGUGGAAUCUGUAAGGGACCUGAUUGGAAGCCUGGAAUUUUCGUUCAGUUCGUGAGAGAAGGCGGCAUUGCUCGUGAAGCAGGUUUGAGGCCUGGCGAUCAAAUAUUAUCCUGUAAUGGCAACGACUUCGCUAAUAUAUCAUUUAAUGAGGCCAUAUCCGUGAUGAAAGCGAGUGGGCGACUUGAACUCAUAAUUCGAGAGGGUGCCGGUACAGAGCUGGUGUCACCCGAAAGUUCUGGCUACAACAGCUCCGCGUCAUCGGCUGCUGGGGAAAGGAGUCCAGCGCCAGCGGCACCUGUCAUCCCCCUCGCUCCGCCAGCUGCACUGCGAAGAAGACUUGCUAGUGUGGCGGAAGAAGCUGCAGACAGAGCAGAUAGGUUGACUAUGAACAGAAUGAAAAGAAGGACAUGGGAUACCUUAGAAUUCGACUGGAAAAAGGACGACAUUCACAAUUUUGACGCGCCUUCCGACAUAGAACCCGAUUACGAUAGCCCUAGUAUACCAAAUAAUCCUCAUACGUACGAAAGUAAAUCUAACAUUAAAUGCAAAACAAAAACAGAAUUCGAAACGACAACUAAAAUAUCGAGUCCACGAAAUAGAACUAUAAUAAACUUGACGGAAGAUGGCGCUACGAUACAGUGCAGUUACGAUAAUAAUAAUCCUAGAAAAAAUAUGUAUGCAACAACCCAAACGAAUAGAGAUAAUGAAAAGAAAACUAUAGUUGUAGAGGUUCACCAUAUGAAUACGACUUCGUGUGGUAAAACACAUUGUAAUAAUUAUAAUCCGCCUUCCAAAAAAGAGGUUGAUGAGGAUUCCACUAGCAUAUCCAGCUCAGCUACAUUGUCAAGUGCCAUUGCCGAAGAAAUAGAAAGAAGAAAAUUGAAUAAGAAACCAUUGCCUGAAAAGGAAACUCGCCCGUGCAUAAUCAAGAAACCCAACGUUCCAAAGGCGAUGGAUAACGACCAAAAAAAGCACCAUGACGCUUUGAUGGAUGAAUUUAAGAAGGUCCAUAGGAAAAUGUUUGCCAAUCUAGAAUCAAUGAACCGAGAGGUACAUAAUAAAGAAAAUCAGCCAGAUAAUUUGGACCGCCAAUGUAGUGUGCCGAUAAGAAAAGCUGACCACGUUUCAACGGAUUUUGCGAAUGGCAAAGAACCAUUAGAAAAACGGGAACCCAUAAGAAAACCGCCACCGCCGCCGCCACCUCCAAUGCCGAUCUCAAACGGCCAUAAAAAUGGAGAUAACAACAAAAUGGAUGGGCAUCAUGCUCUAAACCCUGAUGAUACGGAUAUUAUAAAAAUACCUAAUUUAAGAAAAGUGGCAACACUUAGCAGGAUACCUACCCCUGAUUAUAACAACAAAACUGAUUUUUCACUAAAAGGGAAGAAUUUAAAAGAAGAAAAUGCUGAAGUAGAAUCUUUGGAAUCUUAUAAACUCAAAAAUCCACUAAAUGUGACUCCUAAACCACCAUCGAAUUAUUUUAUUAAAGCACCGAAUGGUUCCGCGACGAUGAAAAAACACGCUAGACCAGUAUCAGUAACAAUAGGCGAAUAUGCCAACAACGUAGGAAGAAAAGAACCGUCCAAGUUAGAUUUCUUAAAUGGUGAUAAAACAGAUCCUAGAACACCUGACGAUGAACCAAUUACUAGUAGAUUACAAUCAGAAUUGGCUCUUACACUUUCUAGAUCAAAUCUACGUAAAAAGACUGAGGCUUUAGAUCAUGCUUGUAGUAAUCCUGUAAUAAUAACAAUCAAUUCCAAAGAUGAGAAUUUUUACGCUAGAUACGGCAAUAAUAUUUUGCCGCUACCUCCUCCGAUAACAAUACCCAAAGUCUCCAAACCUAAACAUUGAAUUCUAACAUACUGCUAUUUAGGUAUAUUAAAAAGCUGGUGAUGGAGGCCGAUAGAAGAUACUUCAAAAUUAUAAAAUGAAACUAAGGAAAUUAUAUUUAGCUAUGUUCUAUAAUCCGUGAAUAACAGAAUGUCUAGAUAUCUUGUUUUAAACUUUUUAUCUUUAAAUGUUAGUGAGUGAUUUUACUUUGAGAUCGCUAUUAUUUCAUAUAACAAACAUUUUUAUAUAUUACAUUACCUACUGGACAAGUAUUGUUAAGUUUGUCAAAAUUUAAAUCUGACUACGAUCACGACGAAUAGGUACCUAAUACCUAGGCUUGUGUAUCUGUGCUUCUGUGCAUAGGUAAUUCUCAAAAAUUCGAUGUAGCUAUUAUACUUGAGACGACUAUGUCUUAUGUUUACAAAAUAGGAAGGGACCUAUCUAGACAUUCUUAUCUGCGUGGACUAUACCUACAAGUUACAACUCGAGUAUGUACGUAGAUUUAGGUAUGGCCAAAUGUGAUAACUUUUAAGUAACGGGCACCCGUAUAACCCGUGUCACAGAAAAAAAAAUCUUCAAAAUAUAAUUAUUGAACAACAUGCCAAAUCUAUUAUUUUGUAAAAUGUUUCAUUUUCACAGUAAGUGUUUGGUAUCUAUAUUACUUAAACCUAAUUAUUAUUGUGAUUCGUAUAUUACUAGGAUUUAUAUUCUUUAAGAUAGUAAUUAAUUUAGUUGAGUGUUGAUAUUUAACCAUAUGAUGUGUCAAGUGUUGUUUAUAAAUUAUGUAUUACAGUUUAAAAACAAA